ACUACACACUACACUAUGCUCUACGUCUCACCGCUGUUCUCCGUCCUCCCCACAGUUCCAAGGCUCUACCCAUCCCGCCAGAGCCUGCGCCUAGAACCACGGGGUCGCGUCCUGGCCGACGAGGAGACCUUGGAGGGACUUCCCCUCGGCUCCGAGGGGACCCUUUACCUGCGGGACCUGGGACCUCAGGUCGCGUGGACCACAGUGUUCCUGACGGAGUACGCCGGCCCGCUGCUGAUUUACCUCGGCCUCUACCUGCGCCCCGCCCUCAUCUACGGGACAGCGACCUCCCCCCAAACCUCCAGCCCCCACCUCGUUGUCCACCUGGCCUGUCUCUGCCACUCGCUGCACUUUGCAAAGCGCCUCCUGGAGACGGUCUUUGUCCACCGCUUCUCGCACGGGACGAUGCCCCUCCGGAACAUCUUCAAGAACUGCUUUUACUACUGGGGAUUUGCUGCUUACCUCGCCUACUACAUCAACCAUCCCCUGUACAGCCCUCCCAUAUACAAGGAGAAGCAGGUCUUCCUGGGUUUCAUCACUUUCCUGAUUUGCGAGUUGGGAAACUUCUCAAUCCACAUCGCACUGAGAGACCUCCGCCCAGCUGGAUCUAAGGCUCGCAAGAUCCCCUACCCAACGAGGAAUCCAUUCACCUGGCUAUUCAAGCUCGUGUCUUGCCCCAACUACACAUACGAGGUUGGGGCCUGGCUAAGUUUCACCAUCAUGACCCAGACCCUAGCAGGAGCUCUCUUCACCCUCGUCGGCUUCCUGCAAAUGUCGGUGUGGGCACGCAGCAAACACCGCAGCUACAAGCGCGAUUUCAGCUCCCAGUAUCCACGCAUACGCUCUGCCAUCCUCCCCUUCCUGCUCUAGACCAGGUCUCCCGCUAGACCAGGUCUCCCGCUAGACCAGGUCUCCCGCUAGUCUAGACCAGGUCUCCUGCUAGACCAGGUCUCCCGCUAGAACAGGUCUCCCGCUAGUCUAGACCAGGUCUCCUGCUAGUCUAGACCAGGUCUCCCACUAGACCAGGUCUCCCGCUAGACCAGAUCUCCCACUAGACCAGGUCUCCCGCUAGUCUAGACCAGGUCUCCCACAAGACCAGGUCUCCCGCUAGUCUAGUCCAGGUCUCCCGCUAGACCAGGUCUCCCGCUAGUCUAGACCAGGUCUCCCGCUAGACCAGGUCUCCCGCUAGUCUAGACCAGGUCUCCCGCUAGACCAGGUCUCCCGCUAGACCAGGUCUCCCGCUAGACCAGGUCUCCCGCUAGUCUAGACCAGGUCUCCCGCUAGUCUAGACCAGGUCUCCUGCUAGUCUAGACCAGGUCUCCCACUGGUCUAGACCAGGUCUCUCGCUAGACCAGGUCUCCCACUAGUCCAGGUCUCCCGCUGGUCUAAACCAGGUCUCCCGCUAGACCAGGUCUCCCGCUAGUCUAGACCAGGUUUCCCGCUAGUCUAGACCAGGUCUCCCGCUAGACCAGGUCUCCCGCUAGACCAGGUCUCCUGCUGGUCUAGACCAGGUCUCCCGCUAGUCUAGACCAGGUCUCCCGCUAGUCUAGACCAGGUCUCCCGCUAGUCUAGACCAGGUCUCCCACUAGACCAGGUCUUCCGCUGGUCUAGACCAGGCCUCCCGCUAGACCAGGUCUCCCGCUAGUCUAGACCAGGUCUUCCGCUGGUCUAGACCAGGUCUCCCGCGACCCUAGACCAGGUCUCCCGCUAGUCUAGACCAGGUCUGUAUACCGAGUCGUACACUUUCAUUGUCUGUAAAUCGAGACAUCUCUCUGUCUUUCUCUGUCUCUCUCUCUCUGUCUCUGUCUGUCUCUCUCUGUCUCUCUGUCUGUCUCUCUGUCUUUCUCUGUCUCUCUGUC